CGGUCGCGGGAGCUGUAUCUGCAGCCUGCACCCGAUCAGCCCGCGCCGGGUUCCCCCUCGCCCCCAUGCCGGCGACCGCUCCUCCAACCUGUCCUUUCUAAGGCGGCGGCGACUUGGGCGGGAGGGGGCGGCCGGAGGAUGCGGCGCGGGGCUGCGCCCCCUACGCCCGCUGCUGCUGCCCGGCUUGGGCCUGAGCGCUGCGCAGGGUCUCAAGUGAUGGGGGUCGACAUGGGGACGACGGCACCAGCGGAGGCCGGUGUCACUGGUUAGCAGCGGAGCUGUCCCCACACCGGCAGGACGUGGCCCCUCCCUGAGAGGAAGCAUGUCGAAGAAAGGCCGGAGCAAGGGCGAGAAACCUGAGAUGGAGCCGGAUAUCACGCAGGCGUCCAGCGAGGAGCUGCGGGCCCGGCUGGCCAGCCUCCAGACGGAGUUCCAGCAGGAGAAGAGCAAGGUGGGGAAGCUGCGGGAGCGGCUGCAGGAGGCGCGGCUGGAGCGCGAGCAGGAGCAGCGGCGCCACACAGCCUUCCUGUCGGAGCUGCGCGCCAAGCUGCACGAGGAGAAGACGCGGGAGCUGCAGGCGCUGCGCGAGGCGCUCAUCCGGCAGCGCGAGCAGGAGACGGCGCGCGCCGCCAAGCUGCGCGAGGGCGAGCUGCAGCGGCUGCAGUCCACGCUGAGCUUGCUGCGGGACGGCGCGGCCGACAAGGUCAAGGCGGCGCUGCUGGCUGAGGCGCGCGAGGAGGCGCGCAGGGCCUUCGACGGCGAGCGCGUGCGGCUGCAGCAGAUGGUGGUGGGGAUGAUAAGGGUGACGAUGAUGGUGACAAUGGUGGUGGCGGGGAGGGUGAUGAUGGUGAAAAUGAAGGUGGCAGGGAGGCACACUCAUGUGGACGACGUGCAUCCACGGGUCCGUCCAUCUCAUAAGGGGCAGAGGGAGAGCGAGCGGGACAUCCGCCGGCUGAUGGAGGAGAUCAAAGGGAAGGACCGCGUGAUCCUGGCCCUGGAGAAGGAGCUGGGGGUGCAGACGGGCCAGGCCCAGAAGCUGCUGCUCCAGAAGGAAGCCUUGGGCGAGCAGCUGGUCCAGGUCAAGGAGGCCGAGAGGCACCACAGCAGCCCGAAGAAGGAGCUCCCACCAGGCAUCGAGGACACAGCUGAGCUCGUGGGGGGCCAGGACCAGCACGCGGAUGAGCGAGGCGUGAGGAGGUUCCAGCUGAAGAUCUCGGAGCUGAACUCGGUGAUCCGGAAGCUGGAAGACAGAAACGCCCUCCUGGCCGACGAGAGGGCCGAGCUGCUGAAGCGGAACCGGGAGACGGAGGUCCAGCUGAAGCCCCUGGUGGAGAAGAACAAGCGGCUGAGCAAGAGGAACGAGGACCUGCAGCACAGCGUCCAGCGCCUGGAGGAGAAGGUCCAGACCCUCACGCGGGAGAACGCGGAGAUGAAGGAGAAGCUGUCAGCCCAGGCCUCGCUGAAGCGCCACACAUCCCUGAACGACCUCAGCCUGACUCGGGACGAGCAGGAGAUUGAGUUCCUGCGGCUGCAGGUGCUGGAGCAGCAGCACGUCAUCGACGACCUGUGUCUGGAACGAGAGCGGCUGCUUCGGUCCCGGCGACAGCGUGGGAGGAGCCUGAAGCCACCCAAGAAGCAUGUUGUGGAGACAUUUUUUGGAUUUGACGAGGAAUCUGUGGACUCGGAAACGCUGUCUGAGACAUCCUACGGCACGGACAGGACAGACCGGACGCCGGCCACUCCUGAGGAGGACAUGGAGGAGACCACGACACGGGAGGAGUCGGACCUGCGGUUCUGCCAGCUGACCAGAGAGUACCAGGCGCUGCAGCGGGCCUAUGCCCUCCUCCAGGAGCAGGUGGGCGGGACGCUGGAUGCCGAGAGAGAGGCCCGGGACUCCAGGUGGGUGGAAGAGAAACAGCUGCUGAUCAGAACGAACCAGGACCUGCUGGAGAAGAUCUGCAGGCUGGAGGUGGAGGAGAGCCAGCUGAAGGAUGAGAUGCAGGAGGCCAAGGACCAGAACGAGCUACUGGAGUUCCGGGUGCUGGAGCUGGAGGUCCGAGACCCCCCCUGCUGUAAGCUCCCCAACGGGGGGGCGGACAUGCUCUUUGAGCCCAAACUGAAGUUCAUGUGAGGCCCAGGGGUGUCCGCGUGUGUGCAGGGCACCGUCUCUCCGAGCGCCCUAGCUGCCUUACCUCGGAGAAGCGCCGGGCGCAUGGCCGCGGAGCUGCAUCCCCCACUGCCCACGGCCCACGGCCCGUUUUGCACUUAAUAAAAGGGUUUGUUUUUGCAA